UUUGAAUCGCCGCGCAUGCGCAGUACUGAAACGGAAGGCUCUUCAUUCCAGAGCGGAAGUCGUUUCGUCCUUUUUCUACCACGGUCUGCCAUCAUGGUGUUCAAGCGCUUUGUCGAGAUCGGCCGCGUCGCAUUCAUCGCUUUCGGCCCUCAUGAGGGGAAGCUGGUGGCGAUUGUAGAUGUCAUUGACCAAAACAGGGCACUGGUAGACGGCCCGUGCACUGGAGUGAAGAGGCAGGCGAUGCCCUUCAAGUGUCUGCAGCUCACUGACUAUGUCAUCAAAGUUCCUCACAGCGCCCGUCAGAAGUAUGUGAGACGCGCCUGGGAAAAGGCCGAGAUCAACAAGAAGUGGGAAGAAAGCAGCUGGGCCAAGAAAAUUGAGGCCAGAAAAAAGCGGGCAGCAAUGUCAGACUUUGAUCGCUUCAAGGUGAUGAAGGCCAAGAAAAUGAGGAACAAGAUCAUCAAGAAAGAGGUGAAGAAGCUCCAGAAAGCUGCACAAAAGAAAGCAUAAACUCUUCAAUAAACGUGUUUGACUUGUA